CGCCGUAGCUCGUAGCACCGCUACGCCGUAGCUCGUAGCGCUCUCGUAGCACGCUCUGGUCGAAAUAGUGAUUUAAUUAUGUUUCCGUACUAAUUAAAUUAUGGUUGAAAGUGUACGUGAGCUGAAAUUUCUGUUUACGACAUGUUAAAGAUGUGAACUUUUAUGUGCUCUAGUGCAAUGGGACACUGUGGUAAUGCGAUGCAGUUAUCGGCAACGCUGCUGGUUCUGCUUCACCUGACGAUACAUGUUGUCGACGAAGGGCAGGCAGUUAAUCCAAGUUGCUCCUGCAUCCGCUUCUCGUCGACCCACGGAAAGGAGCGCGGGACAUUCAGCAGUCCUGACUUCCCGCAGCCUUACCCUCGGAACCUCUGCCUGCUGUACACCUUCCUCGCCUCCGAGCACCAGAUCGUCGAGCUCAUGUUCACAGAGUUCGACGUGUACAAGGAGCAUGUUGACUGCGCUCGCGGCGACUACGUGAAGGUCUACUGGGAGGUGCAAGGCCCGGGUCCUCCUGGGGCCAUCAACGAGCGGUCGGACGCGUCCCGGGUGCUCUGCGGGGGCCGCGCGGACACGCCCCCCGCGUUAUACUCCCCCGGACCGGCCCUCGUGCUGGAGUUCCACACGGGAUCCCGCGGGAAUGCCACGGGAUUUGCCGGGACGUACAACUUUAUUGACAGACGUCUAUUUGAGACGGAGGGUGUUCGUAUACCUGGCACCACCUGCGACUACCAGUUCGGGAGGUCGGGGAACAGACCAACACACGGCCGCCUCUACAGUCCCCGGUAUCCCUCCACGUAUCCUAGCAACGUGAGGUGCUCAUAUCACUUCCAUGCCAGACCGAAGGAUCGAAUCAAAGUGGUUUUUGAAGAAAUCUCAUUACAGAAAGGGGAUAUAAGUUGCCUGCGGCGCGCGGACAUUAUCAAAGUGUUCGACGGCAGGGACGCGGCGGCGCCGGCCAUCGCGAUGCUCUGUAAUGAGCUUGCCGGCUACGAGGUCCUCUCCACCGGUCCCUCGCUGCUGCUGCAGUUCACCGCCAACUCCGCGACACCUGGCCAGGGGUUCGCUGCCACAUACCACUUCCAACCACCGCCGGAUUCCACAGCUGCAGACUCGGAUCGCCUGCUAAAGUUGAGCUUCGGAAAAGCCUUCGAAUCCCUCGGUCCUGAAGUCAGCGCAACAACUUCAUCAUGUCAUCAGGAGUUCAACAGCGAUGGCUCUAAGCACGGCACGCUGACUUCCCCUCACUAUCCUCUGGCUUACCCGCCCAACACGCACUGCCACUACGAGUUCUUCGGCCGAGGGAAAGAGAGAGUUAGACUUAUAUUUCAAGACUUCUUCCUGUACAAAUCACCAGAUGGCUCUCAUGAAUGCGGGAAUGUGGAUUCACUCCAAGCAUUUAUAAAUGUGGACGGUCGGUUGGAAAAUGUGAAGACUUUUUGCGGUGUCGACCUUCCCAAUCCGAUCAUGUCGAAUGGGCCCAAGCUGAUGCUCGAAUUUAGGGGCACACAAUCCUCGAGACACGCGAGAGGCUUCAAGAUAUCAUAUUCGUUUGUAGAAAAUUUCGGCAUAACCACGGGCCGGCAGCUGAAGGAGUUCCCCUGCGCGUUUGUAUAUAACAGUAGUGAGGCGCGGAACGGGACCAUCGCUUCGCCCAACUCCCCUGGGCCGUAUCCCCGGGACACGGAGUGUUCUUACUUCUUCCACGGAGGCCAGACGGAGAAGGUUCAUCUGCACUUCACACACUUCGAAGUUGAGGGGGUUCUGCCAUGCGAAGCGGUCUCGGCAAGCGACUACGUAGAAUUUUCAAAUUAUAUGACUGAAGACAAUAAGUAUGGUAGAUACUGCGGACGGAUGAAAGAGUUCCACGUGGAAUCCGAACGGAAUUUCUUUAAAGUGACGUUCCGAUCGAAUGAUCGAUUGGAUGGAACAGGUUUCAAAGCGAUGUAUCAAUUUUUAGAAGCAACCGACGAGUACAAGGCGCCGAUUUACGAUAAGGCUUCUAAAACAUCGUGUGUGGUGUGGGUGUUGAUCCUGGCAUCAGUUGGGCAGCUCCAUCAGCUAUAUCAUUGAAGUGAUACUAGAAUAAUUAUUAUAGGCGUAUAACCCUGUACAUUUGUACUAUAGUCUGUGCCAUACACUGUAAUUAAAAUGUAGAUGCGAUAUUUUCUAUAAAAAAUAUGUUUCCUCUAACUAUAUGCAAACUUAAGCAAAUAACACGAUACAAUUUUACUCACGCAGGCACGUAAAUAUACAAAUAAAUAUUAUAUUAUA